AUGGCAACUCGCACGAAGGUCGGCGGGUGGCUGCAGGGCAAGACAGUGCGCAAAGGCGGCGCACUCGCAUCUGCCACCCACACGCGUUCUUCGACACCUCAAGUUCAGAGCACCUCGACAACUAUUUUCGGUGGAGGCGUGAAGGAUGCGUCGGGACGGACAACGGAAUACUUUUCCAUGGACGAUCAAUGUCCCGUUUGCAAAAGUGACAGAUACCUGAAUCCCAAGCUACGCCUCUUGGUCAGUUCAUGUUACCACAAAAUGUGUGAAUCUUGCAUAGAUCGUCUCUUCACGCUGGGACCUGCGCCGUGUCCAAUAUGCAACAAAGUCCUGAGGAAACUUGCGUUUACUCCUCAGACCUUCGAAGACUUGACGGUGGAGAAGGAAGUAGCAGUGCGAAGACGGAUAGCGAAGGAGUUUAACAAACAGCGAGGGGACUUUCCUGACCUUCGUUCGUAUAAUGACUACCUAGAGGAAGUGGAGGAUGUCACAUUCAAUCUCAUCAACGACAUAGACGUCGCUAAGACAGAGGCGAGGAUAGCCGCUUAUCGUGCAGAAAACGUGGCGCUUAUCGAGCUCAACAUCCAACGUGAAGAAGCAUAUGCACGGGAUCUGAAAGAGCAAGAAGAAGCUGAAAAGCGCGAGCGAGAACAACGCGCUGCUCAGCUUCGCCGGGAGGAGGAGGAGGAGAGGGAGGAGAGGGAGAAGGAGAAACGCGAAAUCAUCGACAGGCUGGAGACGAGCGACAAGAGCGCUGCAAAGCUGAUUGCUAAAAGCAGGGCAAAUGCAGCGAAACGCUCAUCUGCGCGUGCGGCGUCAGCGAAUGUCAUCCAGAGCAAUGCGAAGCUCCUCCGGACAAGGGCGGCUGUGGACGUGCCUGAUGUGCCGCAUGUCCCUUUCCAGGACAAUUGGUACUCCUACGACGACAAGUAUCAACUCAACCCCAGGGGAUAUAACGAUUUCUUUAGCGAGGCGGUCAGGAAGGAUAGAGAGGGCAUUAUGAGAGGGGGUGGCUAUAUGGUCGAAGAGGCUUGGGAUAGAGCACUAAGAUGUGCCGUAGCUGCUCUUGACUUACAACCCCUCGUAGGGUUGGACGUACCAGCACCUUGGCCGCAAACCGAUUCAUCUGGCGACAUAAUCAUGGCGACAGUAUGA